AUGAGCGUCAAAAUAUGGGCGCGAUUGUUUUACAACGUUGGUAGAUUAAGGAUAAAUAUUGCGACUUCAUUGUCCCUUGGUAAUCGAAUAGCCCUCUGCAGUGGCACUGUUCUCUUUGUAGCGUGUACCUAUGGCAUGUCCACUGUACAAUUCUCCCAUCUGAGACCCAUACCGUUGGGACUUCAUCGCAUAGCUUUAGCUUCUUGCGAAGCAGCAGAGAAACCAUCGACGCAACCUACUAGACCCUGCUGUAAACAAGGAUGUUGCGGUUCCACCGGUUCUCAUCCACCCGGUGAAGACAGUAGUAACAUCGAUUGGAAUGAUCUGCCUCCGCUUACGCCUGCAGUUGAGGAGCGGAUAAAGAAAGAGAUAUCGCAAUACAAGGUCGUCUUGUUUAUGAAAGGCACAGCUUCUAAACCUGCGUGCAAAUACAGUCGGCACGCCAUAGACAUUUUGAAGGAAUCAAGAGCGCCAAUAAUUCAUACGGUUAACGUGCUGGAGGACCCUGAUCUGCGUGUUGGAAUAAAGAGGUUUUCCAAAUAUCCUUAUAUACCUCAGCUAUAUGUAAGCGGUCAAUUCGUUGGCGGCCUCGAGACUCUGGUAAUGAUGCGUGAAAACGGGUCAUUAAAGAAUCUACUUGCUGAGUGA